GCCUCGGGGGCGCCAUCUUGGUCAGGCCGAGCUGCGGCCGGCGCCCGGCGGAGGCUGGCAGGGCUCCCAGACCUCAAGGUCACCGUGAGCGAGCGAUCGGGCCACGAGGAGCGGACCCGGCCGGGGUCCGGGCCCCGCGCAAAGGCUCGCCCGCAGGCUGGUGCGGCGGCGAGCGCUCCGGCGCUGCCUGCAGCUGCUGGCGCCCUCGGAGGAGCCGGCGCGACGGAGCCGGGGGCGGAGGAACCCGAGCACCUGCCGCCACGGCCACGCCCGCGGCGCGGGGGCGCUGUGGCUCCGGGCGGAGGAGCAGCCGAGGCCGCGGAGCCGGCGCGCGCGUCCUGCGGUCCCCGGCGCCCGUUCUCCAAAGGACAUGGAUGAAAAUGAAAGCAACCAGUCCCUGAUGACAAGCAGCCAAUAUCCUAAAGAAGUAGUAAGAAAACGCCAAAAUUCUGCACGGAAUUCUGGAGGAAGUACUUCUUCUAGGUUUUCCAGGAAAAGUUUCAAACUGGAUUACAGACUAGAGGAAGAUGUAACUAAAUCAAGGAGAGGGAAGGAUGGGCGAUUUGUGAAUCCUUGGCCAACAUGGAAAAGUCUCUCUAUCCCAAAUAUCCUCAGAUGGCUGAUAAUGGAAAAAGAUCACAGCAGCAUUCCCAGUUCCAAAGAGGAACUUGAUAAAGAACUCCCUGUGCUUCAGCCAUAUUUUAUCAAUGACCCUGAAGCAGCUGGAGUGAGCGAAGCAGGCUUAAGAGUCACGUGGCUGGGACAUGCCACGGUAAUGGUGGAAAUGGACGAGCUCAUCUUUCUCACCGACCCCGUGUUUAGCUCUCGGGCUUCACCGUCGCAGUACAUGGGCCCAAAGCGUUUUCGGCAGGCACCGUGCUCUGUCAGCGAGCUCCCCGCCAUAGACGCGGUCCUCAUCAGUCACAACCACUACGACCACCUGGACUACAGUUCUGUCAUCUCUUUGAACGAGCGAUUUGGUAAUGACUUGAGGUGGUUUGUGCCGCUGGGUCUCCUCGACUGGAUGCAGAAAUGUGGCUGUGAGAACGUGAUCGAGCUGGACUGGUGGGAGGAGAACUGUGUCCCCGGACAUGACAAGGUCACCUUUGUCUUUACACCUUCCCAGCACUGGUGUAAAAGGACUCUAUUGGAUGACAACAAGGCUCUGUGGGGCAGCUGGUCGGUGUUGGGCCCUUGGAAUCGGUUUUUUUUCGCAGGAGACACUGGUUAUUGCCCCGUUUUUGAAGAGAUAGGAAGAAGGUUUGGACCUUUUGACCUUGCAGCUAUUCCCAUUGGAGCAUAUGCACCAAGGUGGUUUAUGAAAUACCAGCAUGUGGACCCAGAAGAAGCUGUAAGGAUUCACAUUGAUGUUCAAGCAAAGAAAUCUGUGGCCAUUCACUGGGGAACUUUUGCCUUAGCAAAUGAGCAUUACUUAGAGCCUCCAGUGAAACUGAGUGAGGCUCUAGAAAGCUAUGGACUUAAGAAUGAAGACUUUUUUGUCUUGAAGCAUGGAGAAUCAAGAUACGUACAUACCAGUGAUGAAAGCUUUGAAUAAAUAUGAGCACAGGAGCUUUUAAUGAAAUAAAUUUGAUAUAAAUUUGAAAGUACGUGAUUAUGAUUUUUUACAUUAGGAAACUUCCUUUACAUUUGCAAGUUUCUGUUUUAUGUUUUAUGUAGUAACUUUAUUAAUAUGAUUGCCAGUUCACAUAAACAAAGAGUUCAGGUAUGGGUUAAGUAAUGAAUUGGCUAAAACUGAUUUUAAAGACUCAUUCCUGUUCUUUUCGUAAGGGCCUUCUGCAAGGUUAGUCAAGGCUGUGUACGUAAGUAGGUAUUUUUCAGAGGACUGCUCACAUAAAUGUAUUUCUUACAUUCACACCAGAGUAAUGAUAAAAUUGACUCUCACAUGCUUAUAGCACUUCUUAGUCUGAGUAGCUUACAUGCCAAAUAUUAAGUGAUAUAUUUUUUAAGCAUAAAAACAUAGAAGAGGUUAGGCUAGUUAAGACAAUUUUUUAAAAAGAAAGGAACAGUAUAUUUCUAUUGCAUGCCUACAAUCCCUAAAUCAAAAGCCCCGACAGAAUAAGGGAGUGUGGUUAUGAGAACGUGAUUUAUGAAAUUUUCUAUUUUUAAUCUAAAUGUCAGAUGCUAAGCACAAAUAUAGCUGCAAGGAAAUAUUUUACAAAGCUAAAUGCAGAUCUUAAGUGUUAAUAUACCAUGCACUUUGAAUUAAAUUUUAUUCUCUCUGUA